ACUACUCUGCCUCAGGUGUCAUGGCGGCGAAGUGAGAGGUGCCCUCUGAACUGCUCUGAGAGGAGGCUGGUCUAGGGAAACACCCACGCGCGGAUUGGCCCUGACAGUGACCCGUCAGCGGCCGCGGUGGGUGCUGGGGAAAAGAAAACAUGGCGGCCGGGCCCAGCAAGUCAGAGAUUCAGACUCUUUUCAAGCGGCUUCGGGCUGUGCCGGCUAAUAAGUCGUGCUUUGACUGCAGUGUGAAGAACCCGAGCUGGGCCAGCGUCACCUAUGGAGUCUUUCUUUGUAUUGACUGCUCCGGAGUCCACCGGUCGCUAGGGGUGCACCUCAGCUUCAUCCGGUCUACAGAGCUUGAUUCCAAUUGGAGCUGGUUUCAGCUGAGGUGUAUGCAAGUGGGUAGCAAUGCCAAUGCGAUUGCCUUUUUCCGCCAACAUGGUUGCACCACCACAGAUGCCAGUGUCAAGUAUAAUAGCCGUGCAGCCCAGAUGUACCGGGAGAAGAUCCGGCAGCUGGCAAGUGCUGCCAUAGCCAAGUAUGGGAAUGAUCUCCUGAUCGAUGGGCUGAGUGGGACUCCAGGCCACUCUCCAGAAAAGAGUGAUGCUGAUUUCUUUCUGGAACAUACACAGUCUUGCGGUACCUGGGAUGUGGCUGAGACGAGUCAAAGCACAGUGGACUCUUCAUUGGAGUUGGAGAGAGAAACAAAGCCAUCUGAAAACAGUGAGGUUCCACAGCCUGAUCAGGGUCCAUCUAUCGAAUUGCUAAGCACUUCACCCAAAGGGUCUCUUGACGCAUCCAUGUGUCUGUCUCCACAAGCGACUGCUCCUGCCAGAGAAAUAAAAUCUUCACUCAUUGGAAAGAAGAAGCCUGGUGCUACCAAGAAAGGGCUGGGAGCCAAAAGGGGCCUUGGAGCUCAGAAAGUGAGCAGCCAGAGCUUCACAGAAGUUGAACGGCAGGCUCAAGUUGCUGAAAAACUGAGGGAGCAGCAGGCUGCAGAAUACAGGAAGCAAGCGGAAGAGUCCAUAGUGGCCUCAAUGAGACUGGCUUACCAGGAGCUGCAUAUUGAUCGGAAGAAGGAGGAGAAGAAACUUCAGACCCUGGAAGGGAAGAAGCGUGAACAGGCUGAGAGACUGGGCAUGGGCUUGGUGUCCAGAAGUUCCAUCUCACACUCUGUCCUCUCUGAGAUGCAAGUGAUAGAACAAGAGACACCAGUGACUGCAAAGUCUUCCCGGUCUCAGCUGGAUCUGUUUGAAGAUACUGGAAGCUUCACAUCUGGACCACCCAAGUACAAAGAUAAUCCCUUCUCUCUAGGAGAUGCUUUUGGUUCACAGUGGGAAACGGACAACACCUGGGGGAUGGAUAAAGGGGAAGAGGAGACGGACAUCACUAUUUCCAGCAUACGGCCCAUUGGUGAAAGGCCUACCAACAGGAGAGAGACAGAGAGCAAAAUAUCCACAGUGGAGUCUAAUGAAGCUCGCCAGAAGUUCGCAGGAGCCAAAGCCAUCUCAUCCGACAUGUUUUUUGGACGGGAAGCAGAUGCUGAAUAUGAGGCCAGGUCCCGACUACAGCAACUCUCAGGCAGCAACGCCAUAAGUUCUGCUGACCUUUUUGGAGAAUCUGAGACAGUUAAUUCAGGUGGUGUAUCAAUUGGCAAUGUCCUGCCUGCUGCUGAUAUUGCCCAGUUCAAGCAAGGGGUGAAGUCUGUUGCUGGCAAAAUGGCUGUUCUGGCCAAUGGUGUGAUGAACUCCCUUCAGGAUCGCUACGGCUCAUACUGAUGAUGCAGAGGAGUUUGCAGCUUGUGGCCAUUGGUGAACCACCACUUGCACCUUGAGCCACCCGAAACCUGCAGGAUUAUUUUUCGGCUGAGCAUGGCUGGGGAGCGGAGGAGGAAGAAGUGAUGGACAUGCCUGGCACUUGCUCAGAACCUCUCUGGACACUGUUUUUAUUGGAAACGAGUAUUUCUUCAAAACCCAGCCUCCAUCUUGUGGAGCAUGAGCCCUUACCAAGAUCACAUCUCCCCCCUGCCCCACUGGCUUUUGUGCACUGAGACAGGGCUGUGGAUUUGUGGCCCUUGUGGUGGUGCUGCUGCUGCCAUUUGGCUCCCACCCCCCAGGCUGCUACUGGCAGAACUAAUAUUGUGGAGGCAGGAAGCUGUAUUUCCUAUUCCUCCUUUUUGCAUCCAGGGGGGAACUGUAGGUGAAUGUUGCAGUGGUGGGGAGUCCCUAGGCUCUCUUCUAGCAGUGAGGGAAGGUCCCACUUCUGCAUACAGUAAAUUAUUUUUGCCUCUUCACUGAUGUUUGAGCAGGUCUUUUUGAGGGCAGUGGCUUAAAAGCUUCAACCUCCAGCAGGCAGCAAAGGGUCAUGGCAUGCUUGCGCUUGGCAGAGAUUCUUGCAGUGCUGCAGGGAUGGAAAACAUACUCCUCUCUCUCUCUCCCCCCCCCAUGCCCCCCCCUGCCCCAGGUGCCAUAAUUUGAAGGAGCAGAGGGGAGGAAAGGCUUUACAUCAGGGUAUGAAGAGGAGGGGGUUGGGCCUUCCAAUCCCAUCUUACUCACUGCCUCUCAUUGGUGCUUUCCAGUCACUGAGUUCUUUAGGCCCUUUGAUCCAUUGGCCUCUGCCCCCUUCCUCCUCCCGCGACAGUGCAAGCCCUGCUUUUUCUACCCUCCCUUCCCCUGGUUUACACGGAUGUGCCUGAAUGUCAUGGCCCUUCUGUGUGUGACUUUGUGGGAAAGAAGUUGCUUCAAACAGUGCUGCUUCCUCAUGUCCAACCUUCACGGCUGAAGCUUUUGCUCCUUCUAGCCCAGCAGUCUGGAUUCUUUCUCAGUCACUUUGGUUACAGUUCUCUGUAUGGGCAGAAGAGAAACUGGAGCAGGCAAAAGUGUUCCUUUUCCUCCCACAAAACUGCUCCAGUGCCCAGAACAGUGGAAAGUAUCUGGCCACAAAGCCCCCUGCAGCCUCUGCAUGCCUUAUUUCCCCCUUCUCAGAGCUGGUUAUGUUUUUCCCUUGGGAGUGGAACCUCCGCUUGAGCACAGUGGGAGAGUUGGGUCCAUAUGAAGUGGUACUUGCUGUUGGAACCAUUUUCAGGUUACAUUGCUUGCUUGUUGCUGCUGCAACUCUCUUGCCAGUGUGGGUUCAUCGGGAAGCCUUUUAAAAAUCUACUGGAUUCCCUAAGGUAGCACAACUAGAGCUCUGAGCUAAUUCCUCUUAAGAAGAGAGCAACCAUCAAGGGUACACUUUGUAGUUGUGCUGAGUUUCACUAAGAUAUCCUUGCUAGAGGGAGGUGUGAUCACCAGUGAAGCUUGAGGGUCCAUUUUAUGAUGGAGCAGUUGCAGUAUCUUGCCCUCUUUCAUAUUUGCUUAUUCAUUUGUGUGACUGACCUGCUUUCUUCUUGCACACUUUCUGAGAAGGUAAAUGGCUGCAUGGACUUAACUGGAAUUCUUCUUUCCAUCAGCACCUUGGCUCUGUACCACUUUUUUUUUUAAUUAAGCUCCCUGGGUUCUGAAAAUGCACUGAUGUUUAACUUUGAUGAUUGCAAAUUUGUCUUAAAGCACUUGCUCCUUUCUAGGGCAAGGAGAUUGUAGAGCUUCUGUUUGACCCAGUGCUCCCUCUGCUCUGAGAAUGGAAGGAGGUUUUAUUCCUGGACUGAGUGUAUCCCUGGAGUUAAUGGUAGUAUUACUGAGCUUUGUGUGGCCAGGUUGGGCCUCUGCUGUGUGGGGGUCCAAAGAGGAGUGAUGUGGAUUCCACCCCCAUCCCCCACCCCCAAUGAAUAAAAUCAAAUACCUGUGUGUGUUCCACA